AAUAAUGUGCCUAAUAUUGUUGUUCUGGGAUCAGGCGGAGGCCUGCGUGCCAUGAUAGCCUUGCUAGGAACCUUGGUGGAGCUGAAGAAUCAGAAUUUCUUGGAUGCUGUCAUGUAUCUGUGUGGCGUGUCAGGAUCCACUUGGUGCACGUCCCUCUUGUAUGGAGAUGGGAAAUGGUCAGAAAAUCUGAUGUCCUUGGAAAAGGAACUGUGCAAAAACCUCAGUAAUUUCUCCUGGAAUACUAUGAAAGCAGUAGAAUCCCUACAGGAGUCAUCAAAAGAUGAACUUUACUCACUCACUGACUUCUGGGCCUCCUGUCUUGUACACAAAAUACUGCAGCAGUUUGAUGAGAAUGAGCUGGCUGACCACAAGGAGGCCUCAGAGACUGGAAUAAACCCUUACCCGAUUUAUGCAGCAGUGGAUAAGGAAAAACUGAGUGAGGAAGGUGGAAACUUUCCAGGGACCUGGUUUGAAUUCACUCCACAUGAGGCUGGAUAUGCUGCCUUGGGUGCUUUUGUGAGUACCAAACACUUUGGAAGUGAAUUUGAGAAGGGUAAGCUGAAGAAAAAGAAGAAGAAGAAACACAUUUGUUACAUGCAAGGUAACAAGAAUGCAUCUAUUAUUCCAUGA